AUGGAAGAAAACAAGGAAUACCAGCUAGAUUAUGAGUCAGAGAAAAUGGAAAUCUCAAGAUUGUCACAGUCAAAGAGGAACAUUAUCAGUUUGAACAUGGACCUUGAAAGGGAUAUGCAGAGAAUAGAUGAAGCAAAUCAGGAACUGCUUUUCAAAAUCCAUGAGAAAGAAGAUGAGAUUCAGAGACUGGAAAGUGAGAUCACUCAGACGGGGGACCUGGCAGAAGAUGAGGAGUGGGAGAAGGAGAACUGUACCACCAUGGAAAGGGAAAGAGCCUUGCAGGAGCUGGAAGAAGAAACAACCAGACUUGACAGGAAGAAUAAGACUCUGGUCCACAGUAUAACAGAACUUCAGAGAAAGCUUACAAGGAGAUCACAAAAGGUAACCAAGUGUGGACAAGACAACCUAGAUGGAAUCUCAGAAGAGUCCAAGGUUAAGUUACAACAGCUGGAAGCUGCCUGUGCAGACCAAGAGAAGGAGCUGGUCAAGAUAAUGAAGGACUGUGCAUUUGUGAGCCAGCUCUGUGAGGAUCAAGCCCUCUGCAUAAAGAAGUACCAGGAAACUCUGAGGAAGGUGGAAGAAGAACUAGAGACUCGGUUCCUCGAGAGAGAAGUGUCAAAAGUCUUGAGCAUGAAGUCUGCAGGAGAAGAGCAUAACAGCCAAAACAGUGAGAGUAAUUCUAUCCCAAAGAAAGCAAUACUGUUUGGUAAAAGGAUUUUUCGCUAUUUCUUUUUCACCACCCUAUUUUUCUUCAGACUGCUGGUCUACAUGUUUUUCCAUUUAAGUUUUAUAAAUCCAGAUCUCUUCAUCAACGUACUGCCCAAGAUACUGAGCAGGGGCAUUUUGUGGAAGCUAAGAUGCUUCUUCUUUCCAUUUCUUACACUUGAGACAGAGGACAUGUUACCCCAUUGA